AUGCGUUCUUACCUUACCGUCUGCGCUUUCGCCAUCGCCGCCUCUGUCCAGGCCGCUCCCAUCGAUGCCGGUGUUCUUGAGGAUCUUACCGCUGGUCUCCAGGGUGUUAUGCCCGGUCAGGGCAACAAGCAGCCCGUCGACAACAACGCUCUCACUACCGGCCAAAACUCUGGCACCAAUGGCGAGGGAAUCAUCAACGACGUCCUGAAGAGUACCAGUUUCCGUGUUCCCGUCCUUUCCCCUGGUUCCGACAACAACAUCCACGACAACGCCAACAACAAUGCCAUCCUCUCCAACAACGAUGCUGUCUUCAACGUUCUCGGCAAGACUACAAGCUCGCAAGCCUCGACCCUCCAGACCCACCAGCAGAUGCACCAGCAGAACUCGGAGAAGCGUAAGCGUACCCUCUGCCUUCCCAUUAUCGGCAGCCUUCUUGGUGGAGACUGCGACGACGACGACGACGAUUCAUCGGCCCCGGUUGUUGCUCCCCUCCCGAUUGUUUCUCCCAUCCCCGUCCCAGCCUCAGGAUACGACGGUGUGCUUCCUUCCCCCGCUGUCCCAUCUCCGGCCGUCCCCAACCCAAUUGGUGGUGGCGGUCUUCCCAUUGGCGGCGGUGGCGGUGACAUCAUUCCUGACCUCCCCAUUAUCGGCGGCGGCGACGACGACAACGACGACGAGAUCAUUCCUGACCUCCCCAUUAUCGGCGGCGGCGACGACAACGACGACGACAUCAUCCCUGACCUCCCUAACCUCCCCGGUGCUGGCGGUCUUCCCAUCCCCAUUGGCGGCGACAACGGCGACAACGGCGACAUCAUCCCUGAUCUCCCUAACCUCCCCGGUGCUGGCGGUCUUCCCAUCCCCAUUGGCGGCGACAACGGCGACAACGGUGACAUCAUCCCUGAUCUCCCUAACCUCCCCGGUGCUGGCGGUCUUCCUAUCCCCAUUGGCGGCGACAACGGCGACAUCAUCCCUGAUCUCCCUAACCUCCCUGGUGCUGGCGGUCUUCCUAUCCCCAUUGGCGGCGAUAACGGCGACAUCAUCCCUGGUCUCCCUAACCUCCCCGGUGCUGGCGGCGAGACCAUCCCUAACCUCCCUACCCUCCCCGGCGCUGGCGGCGAGAACAUGCCCACCCUUCCCCUCCCUAACCUCCCCGGUGCUGGCGGUGAGAACAUGCCCACCCUUCCCCUCCCUAACCUCCCCGGCGCUGGCGGCGAGAACAUGCCCACCCUUCCCCUCCCUAACCUCCCCGGCGCUGGCGGCGAGACCAUCCCUACUCCCAUUGGCGGCGGUGUCACUACUCCCAUCGGUGGCGGUGUCACUACUCCCAUCGGUGGCGGUGUCACUACUCCCAUCGGUGGCGGUGUCACUACUCCCAUCGGUGGCGGUGUCACUACUCCCAUCGGUGGCGGUGUCACUACUCCUGCCACUCCUGGCACCCCCCGCUCCCGCCGACCCCUACGUCGCCAAGGUUCCUUACACCUUUGUCGUCUAAGCACCUUACUAGACUCGCCUACCAGCGAAUCUUUUAGGCGAGCUAUUGGACCAUGA